AUGAAAGGAGAUAUUGGAGGAAAAGGACAGAAAGGAAACCAAGGAUUAGAUGGAAGAGAUGGACUUCCAGGUAAAAUAGGACCAAUCGGUUUACCAGGUGCUACUGGUGAGAAAGGAGGAAAAGGAGAGAAAGGUGAACAAGCUACCACAAUCAGCCAGCCUAAAUCUGCCUUCUCAGUUGGAUAUAAUGUAAACCCAGGCCGCCUACCAGUUAGUCCUAUGAAAUACCCAUUAAUAAUUACCAACUUUGGGAAUAACUACAAUAAAGAAACAGGAAAGUUUGUUUGUCAACAUCCAGGCAUCUAUGUCUUCCAGUUAACAUCAGGCUCAUCUAACGGUAAUAAUAUUUUGACAAUUAUCAUGAAGAAUGGGCAACACAUUGUCUCAGCAUAUGAGAGUGGUUCAGGCUACAAAUCAGCCAGCAACAUGGUAGUUCUUGAUUUAGUAGCAAAUGAUGAAGUGUGGACUCAGCCUGUCAGUACCAGCUAUAACUAUUACUCCAGUAAUGUCAACAUCUUCUGUUCUUUUUCAGGCUUUCUGCUUUAUGCAUCUGCAUAA